AUGUCUGUGGCCAGCACCAUCUCAAUGACAAGAAGCGAUCGUUGUAGAUCAUGGCUAGCUCAGACCUGCCCGGAACGAUGGAGAACAGAGGAAGACCCUGGCAGCUGCCUCCAGGAGGGCAGUCGCUAUAACGACAAGGACGUGUGGAAGCCGGAGCCUUGCCGCAUCUGCGUAUGCGACACAGGCACUGUCCUCUGCGACGACAUAAUCUGCGAGGAGCCCAAAGACUGCCCCAACGCCGAGAUCCCAUUCGGAGAGUGUUGCCCCAUCUGCCCCGAGCAGCCUGCUGCCCCCAGUGGUGUACCAGGUGCAAAGGGACAGAAAGGUGAACCCGGAGAUAUCACAGAUGUGGUAGGACCAAGAGGACCUGGAGGACCCAUGGGACCCUCAGGAGAACAGGGCCCACGUGGAGACAGGGGAGACAAGGGAGAGAAGGGAUCUCUCGGCCCCCGUGGCAGAGAUGGCGAGCCUGGCAUUCCUGGCAACCCCGGACCCCCUGGACCCCCAGGACCAAAUGGACCCCCUGGACUUGGCGGAAACUUUGCUGCUCAGAUGGCUGGUGGUUUUGAUGAGAAGUCUGGUGGUGCCCAGAUGGGAGUGAUGCAAGGACCUAUGGGCCCAAUGGGACCCAGAGGACCACCCGGCCCCAGCGGAUCUCCCGGACCACAAGGUUUCCAAGGCAACCCCGGAGAGGGUGGAGAGCCCGGUUCAUCUGGCCCGAUGGGUCCCCGUGGCCCACCUGGACCCUCUGGCAAACCCGGAGAUGACGGUGAGGCUGGUAAACCUGGUAAAUCUGGUGAGCGUGGACCUACUGGCCCUCAGGGAGCUCGUGGAUUCCCAGGAACUCCUGGACUGCCUGGAAUCAAAGGACACAGAGGUUACCCAGGUCUUGAUGGUACUAAGGGAGAACUUGGAGCCGCUGGAUCCAAGGGAGAGUCUGGUUCUCCCGGUGAGAACGGUGCCCCUGGACCCAUGGGCCCUCGUGGUCUCCCCGGUGAGAGAGGCCGUCCCGGACCCUCUGGCAAUGCUGGUGCUCGCGGAAAUGACGGUUUGCCCGGCCCUGCUGGUCCUCCUGGCCCAGUUGGUCCAUCUGGAGCUCCUGGCUUCCCCGGCUCCCCUGGUUCUAAGGGUGAGGCUGGCCCCACUGGCGCUCGUGGACCUGAGGGAGCCCAGGGUCCCCGCGGAGAGUCUGGAACCCCCGGAUCUCCCGGCCCCUCCGGAGCUGGCGGCAACCCCGGUACUGAUGGUAUCCCUGGAGCUAAAGGAUCUGCUGGCGCUCCCGGUAUUGCUGGUGCCCCUGGCUUCCCUGGACCCCGUGGACCUCCAGGACCCCAGGGUGCCACUGGACCUCUUGGGCCAAAGGGCAUGUCUGGUGACCCCGGUAUCGCAGGGUUCAAGGGUGAGGCUGGACCCAAAGGAGAGCUUGGACGUGCUGGGCCCCAAGGUCCCCUUGGUCCCGCUGGAGAGGAAGGAAAGAGAGGUCCCCGCGGAGAGCCUGGUGCUGCUGGGCCCCUCGGACCUCCCGGAGAGAGAGGCGCUCCUGGUAACCGUGGUUUCCCUGGUCAGGAUGGUCUGGCUGGUCCCAAGGGUGCCCCUGGUGAGAGAGGACCUGCUGGAGUGUCUGGACCUAAGGGCGCUGGUGGUGACCCUGGUCGUCCCGGAGAGCCUGGUCUUCCUGGAGCCAGAGGUCUCACUGGUCGCCCUGGUGAUGCCGGUCCUCAGGGAAAAGUUGGCCCCGCUGGCGCUGCUGGUGAGGACGGUCGCCCUGGUCCUCCUGGCCCUCAGGGAGCCCGUGGUCAGCCUGGUGUGAUGGGAUUCCCCGGCCCCAAGGGAGCCACUGGAGAGGGAGGAAAGGCUGGAGAGAAAGGAUCCGGCGGUGCUCCUGGUCUGAGAGGUCUUCCUGGUAAAGAUGGUGAGACAGGUGCUGCUGGACCCCCCGGCCCUGCUGGACCCGCUGGAGAGAGAGGAGAGCAGGGACAGCCCGGACCCUCCGGCUUCCAGGGCCUGCCUGGACCUCCCGGCCCCCCUGGUGAGGGCGGCAAACCUGGUGAUGCUGGUGUUCCUGGAGAGGCCGGCCCUGGUGGUGCUACUGGACCCAGAGGAGAGCGUGGAUUCCCAGGAGAGAGAGGCAGCGCUGGGCCUCAGGGUCUGCAGGGACCCCGUGGUCUCCCCGGAACUCCAGGAACUGAUGGACCCAAGGGUGCCACUGGACCAGGUGGUGCUCCCGGUGCCCAGGGACCCCCCGGUCUGCAGGGAAUGCCCGGAGAGAGAGGACCCGGUGGCAUCUCUGGACCCAAGGGAGACAGAGGUGACAAUGGCGAGAAAGGACCCGAGGGUGCUCCUGGCAAAGAUGGUGGAAGAGGUUUGACCGGCCCCAUCGGUCCUCCUGGACCAGGCGGCCCUAAUGGCGAGAAGGGAGAAUCUGGCCCUGCUGGACCUUCUGGAGCUGCUGGUGCCCGUGGUGCUCCUGGUGACAGGGGUGAGACUGGUCCCCCAGGUCCCGCUGGAUUCGCUGGUCCUCCUGGCUCUGAUGGUCAGCCUGGUAUCAAGGGAGAUCAGGGUGAGCCUGGACAGAAGGGUGAUGCUGGUGCCCCCGGACCACAGGGACCCUCCGGAGCCCCUGGACCAUCUGGACCCACUGGUGUGUCUGGACCUAAAGGUGCUCGUGGUGCCCAGGGACCUCCUGGUGCCACUGGUUUCCCUGGAUCUGCUGGACGUGUUGGACCCCCAGGUCCCAAUGGUAACCCUGGUCCUUCAGGCCCUGCUGGUCCCCCUGGUAAAGAUGGUCCUAAGGGAGUGCGCGGAGACGGCGGUCCCCCAGGCAGACAGGGAGACGCUGGGCUGCGUGGACCUGCUGGAACCCCCGGAGAGAAGGGAGAGUCUGGAGAGGAUGGUCCCCCUGGUCCCGACGGUCCAUCUGGGCCUCAGGGUCUGGCUGGUCAGCGUGGUAUCGUGGGUCUUCCCGGACAGCGUGGUGAGCGAGGCUUCCCCGGCCUGCCUGGACCAUCUGGUGAGCCUGGAAAGCAGGGAGCUCCCGGUGGCGCUGGAGACCGCGGACCCCCCGGCCCAGUCGGACCUCCUGGUCUGACCGGACCCGCUGGAGAGCAUGGUAGAGAGGGCAACCCUGGAUCUGAUGGUCCUCCUGGUAGAGACGGUGCUGCUGGAAUCAAGGGUGACCGUGGCAACACCGGUCCUGUUGGCGCUCCCGGUGCCCCUGGUGCUACUGGCGCCCCCGGCCCAGUCGGACCCACCGGCAAACAGGGAGAUAGAGGAGAGGCUGGUCCCCAAGGACCUUCUGGAGCUCCUGGACCCGCUGGCGCAAGAGGCAUGGCCGGACCCCAAGGACCACGCGGAGACAAGGGAGAGGCUGGCGAGGGUGGAGAGAGAGGACAGAAGGGACACAGAGGCUUCACCGGUCUGCAGGGUCUGCCUGGACCUCCUGGUCAGAAUGGUGACCAGGGUGCUACUGGACCUGCUGGCCCCGCUGGUUCAAGAGGACCCCCUGGCCCAGUUGGACCUUCUGGAAAGGACGGUUCCAAUGGAAUGCCCGGCCCUAUCGGACCUCCUGGACCUCGUGGACGUUCUGGCGAGACUGGUCCCUCCGGUCCCCAAGGUAACCCCGGACCUCCCGGUCCUCCUGGUCCUCCCGGCCCUGGCAUCGACAUGUCCGCAUUCGCCGGCCUUGGUCAGCCCGAGAAGGCCCCCGAUCCCAUGAGGUACAUGCGCGCCGACCAGGCGGCCGGAGGCCUGAGGCAGCACGACGCCGAGGUGGACGCCACCCUCAAGAACCUCAACAGCCAGAUCGAGAACAUCCGCAGCCCCGAGGGCUCCAAGAAGAACCCCGCUCGCACCUGCCGCGACCUCAAGCUGUGCCACCCCGACUGGAAGAGCGGCGAGUACUGGAUCGACCCCAACCAGGGCUGCACCGUGGAUGCCAUCAAGGUCUUCUGCAACAUGGAGACUGGCGAGACCUGCGUCAACCCCAAGCCUUCCAGCAUCCCACGCAAGAACUGGUGGUCCAGCAAGGGCGGAGACCGCAAGCACGUCUGGUUCGGCGAGACCAUGAAUGGCGGUUUCCACUUCAGCUAUGGCGAUGAGAGCCUGGCCGCCAACACCGCCAGCAUCCAGAUGACCUUCCUGAGACUGCUGUCCACGGAGGCCUCCCAGAGCAUCACCUACCACUGCAAGAACAGCGUGGCCUACAUGGACGCGGCCACGGGCAACUUGAAGAAGGCCGUGCUGCUGCAGGGCUCCAACGACGUGGAGAUCCGCGCCGAGGGCAACAGCCGCUUCACCUACAGCGCGCUCGAGGACGGCUGCACGAGACACACAGGGCAAUGGGGCAAGACAGUCAUUGAGUACAGAUCACAGAAGACCUCUCGUCUGCCCAUCGUGGACAUCGCACCCAUGGACAUCGGAGGCCCCAACCAGGAGUUUGGCGUUGAUGUUGGCGCAGUCUGCUUCUUGUAAAGAGAAGGCUGACAAGAUAAGACAAGAAUAUAAAACAUGAGAGGAAAAACACUCCAAAAUAAAAAAAAAUCAAGGAAGACAGAACGAAAGAAAGAAAAGAAAGGAACAGGGAAAAAAAUUGAAAGAUCAAGACGCGUUUUUUUGAAAAAACGGGACUCUUUUUUUCUAAGUAAAAAAGUGCUUUCCAAGUCGUACUCCUAGGAUAUAUGCACUGAAAGGCACCGGCAAUAUUCAUCUGUGAUUUCCUCCCAACAAAGACCACCCUUCUCACUC